CUAUUACUCAGAUGUUCCUCCUCCUUACAUUGUUACUACAACUAAUGAUUUACUGGAGGGGGAUCCUUCUUGAGCAAUUUCAUCUGUUUCACCAGGGGAAGGUAAGUAAAAGAGCACAGUGGGUCAGAGUCAUUGGAAGAGAAAUAAGUAAGACAGGUAAAUGUGUCCCCCACCCCUUCCUAGAAAGAUGCAUUUAAAGUUUCAGUAUUUUUCCAUUUGAGCAUGGUUUGGUUUCGGGACUUCAAUUUCUUGUGAAUGUUAAAUGUAGGUGUAAUGAUAAAUGUGCACAGUUUGUAAUGACAGAUGUAAGUGGUCUUUAAAUUUAUAAUGAAUUAGAGUAAGAGGUGUUUACUUUUUAAAGAAGUGGUUAGGAAUGCAUACUUUCUGUGCAUAUUAUCUCAAAUGAGUGGGCUGAGAGUUGGCACCUUUCUGGACCUCUGCAUGUUUAUAUGCUGGUGAACUGGCAUGGCAACAUUUUAUGGAAUCCUGGGAUUUGCAGUUUAGGGUGCAGUACUUAGAAUUCUGUCAGAGAGCUCUAGUGAAACUGCACGCCCUAGGAUUCCAUAAGAUGCAGCCAUAGCAGUUAAAGCAGAAACAUUGUGAUAUAUAAUUCUGCAGCGUGGAAGGGCCCAAAAAGAGAGCGUGAGAGGGAAUAAAAGAACUCAGAGAAUCUAUCUGUAAAAAAGACAAAACUGGCAAGUGGAUAUGCCUGGUAUUCAUGGGCCAACAAAUCAUCCUGGAGGAAGUGGACUAGAGCCAAAGGCUACUUGGAAGGCCAAGCAAGCACAAUCCACCCAUAUUAUUUCUUCUGCAUUGCCAAGGGAUGGAUCAUGAAUCUGGGCACUGGAGGCUGGUGAAGAUCGAGGGAAUCCCCUUGUCCAGUAAAACUGCAGAGAACUGGGAGCAAAUAAGAGGUUUCCAAGCUCGGCCUGAUGAUCUCCUCAUCUGCACCUACCCCAAAGCAGGGACCAGCUGGAUUCAGGAAAUUGUGGACAUGAUUUAUCAUGAAGGUGAUCCACAGAAAUGUGACCAGCUUCCCCUGUACCAGCGGAGUCCCUUCAUAGAACUCUUCCUUCCAAAACCCAUUCUCUCAGGUGUUCAAGAGGCAAAGGCGAUGCCCUCCCCACGGAUACUGAAAACCCACCUCCCAGUGCAGCUCCUGCCAUCUUCUUUCUGGGAGCAUAAUUGCAAGAUCAUUUAUUUGGCCAGGAAUAUCAAGGACAAUGCUGUCUCCUACUUCAACUUUAGCCGCAUGAACCAACUUAUUCUUAACCCUGGAGAGUGGAAUGAUUUUCUGGAGAAUUUUGUUGCUGGGAAGGGCAUGUGUGGCUCAUGGUUUGACCAUGUUUGCGGUUGGUGGAAGGCUAAGGACCAUCAUCCAAUUCUCUAUCUGUUUUAUGAAGACAUGAAAGAGGACCCAGCCCGAGAAAUCCAGAAAAUUGCCAAAUUCUUGGGCCUAGGAGUCCCAGAAUUGGUUCUGAACCAGAUUGUGCAACACACAGCAUUUGAGAGCAUGAAAGCAAACCCAAUGACUAACUACACCACCUUGCCUUCCUCUAUCCUGGACCACACUGUGUCACCCUUCAUGAGGAAAGGUGGGGAUCAACCAGAUAAGUUCCAGCCAUACCUGAAACAGUACUGUAGGAGAGUGGAAGGAACACUUCACAGUGGCUCAGAGUGAAUGGCUGGAUGCCAUCUGUGCUCAGGAACUGGGGAGAAGUGGACUGAGCUUCCGCACACAGCUAUAAACAGUGUUAAAC